UUAAUAUUAUAAUCGGUUGCUUAGAGCUGGCACAAAUGUGUCCAUAUAUCCAACCAUUAUAAUCUGUUCCCGCGGUAAAGUUGUGCGGGGUGCAUUAUUAAUGUUCAUUAGCAUAUAUUAUGCUAAUGAGCAGGAGCGCGGGACCGGUGUUAUCUCGAGCAGCGGAGAUGCGACGAACACACAGCGAAGAGAGCGCGAGGAGAGGCCGGUCGGACGGGAAUAUGCGUCGGUAGAGCAGCGGUGUGAGACUGUGAGGGGAGAAGCUAAUUCCCGAAGUGAUUCGCAUGAGUCACGAAUGGAUCCUAUUUUAACCCCCGGAAAGAAACUUUUUUUACUCUAUUUAUUAUUCUUCAUUUUAAUAUAUCAAGCACAUAUCACGUGGGGCACUGAAAGUCUGAAUUUAACGCACCAGCAUGACUUUGAAAACAGCGAAAGCAGCAGGAUAAUGCUGGAGAAAUGGGAUCCCGCUUUCCAAACGGAGCAGAGAACCUUAGAGAGCAACACAUCAUCAGCAGAGCAAGCAGAAGCACAGAAGCCAUCAACCCGCAGAGCCUCCGGUGAGUGUGCAUCUCCUUGUCUGAAUGGAGGUCGGUGUGUCCAUCCAGACUCCUGUAACUGCACUUUAUACCAGGCUGCUGGAACUCGCUGCCAGACAGUCCCCAACCUAGGCUUUGAGCGGGAGAUGACGUGCCGCUCUUGGGGGCAAUACAACUAUGAAACCUUUGAUGGACUUUAUUAUUACUUCCCUGGAAAAUGCAGCUACACGUUACUGAGAGACUGUGAAGACAACGCUCGGUCAAGUGUACAUAUACAGGUGCAUAAUGACCCAGAAUGCAGUUCUUCUCCUUACUCCUGCACUCGUUCAAUCAGCCUCUUCCUGCCAUGGGAGGGCGAGAUUAGGUUACAGCACUUCAGUGUUACUUUCAAGGGUCAAAGUGUGCUGCUGCCCCAUCACAUCCAUGAUGUUGAGCUGGAGCGAAUCUCUGACUACAUUGUAGUUUCUCAGCCGCAUGUCUUCACACUGGCCUGGCAGGGUCUCACCAGCUCUGUGUACAUCAAAAUGAGCCCUGAGUUUGUAGGACACACCUGUGGACUUUGUGGGAAUUUCAAUGCUGACACUCAAGAUGACCUGAAGACCAGCUAUGGCAAGUGUUGCUUUAUUUGUUGCAUUUGUUACAUUGUCAGUAUACUUUUUUGUCAAGUGUUCUCUUUAGACAGUAUUGUUGUUUGCUCAGGUGUUUUCACACAGGAUUUGGCCAUGUUUGGAAACAGCUGGGCUGAGGAGGAGCCGGAGUUAGCCAGAUGUACUGUCGUUCCCUCACUCUACCCCUCACCAUGUGCCACGCUGGAUCCUCAUGUCUUAUUGAAAGUGGAGGAAGUUUGUUCCACUCUUCUGAGGGAACCGUUCCAGUCCUGCCAUGAGUUUGUCAGUCCAUAUUCAUACAUGGCAAGUUGCUCCAAUGACCUGUGCUUGUCCGGUCCUAAUGGUGCAGUUGUGUGCCAGGUGUUCACAGAGUAUGCCAGAGCAUGCGCCCAUGCUGAUCAUCCGCUGCAUGACUGGAGAACACACUUUCCUGUUUGCAAUGUUGAUUGCCCUGACGAGCUGCUUUUCAGAGAGUGUAUCACCUGCUGUCCAAUGCACUGCAAGAUUGAACAGAUGUGCAUAGACAGCAAGCUGCAAUGUUUGGAUGGCUGCUACUGCCCUGAUGAUUUGAUCUUUGAGGAUGGAGUGUGUGUCAAGGCAUCAGAUUGUCCAUGUGAGCACCACGGUAUGCUUUACCCAUCCGGACACAUCAUCCAAGAAGACUGCAACAACUGCACAUGUUUUGGAGGCAUCUGGAACUGCACGGAACACAACUGCCCAGGAGAGUGCUCUGUGACAGGAGACAUGUUCUUCCAGUCGUUUGAUGGCCGGGUUUACACAUUUCCUGCUACCUGCCAGUAUGUUUUAGCCAAGAGCAGAAACUCUGGCAAGUUCACCGUGACCAUUCAGAAUGCACCAUGUGGAGCUAAUCUAGAUGGGGCUUGUAUUCAGUCGGUCAACCUGGUGGUAAAUGAGGAUCCACGCACCGAGAUCACAAUGAGCCACAGUGGAGAGGUUUUUCUGGCCAGCCAGUUUAGGAUCUCACUGCCGUAUUCAGACGAUAUGUUUCAGAUCCAGGAGCUGUCGUCCAUGUUUGUUCAGGUGAAGUUAUCGCAGGGUCUGUGGCUGCAGUAUAACUGGAAGGAGUUCAGGCUGUACCUGCAGCUGGAGGAGCAGUGGAGAGACAACACUUUGGGGCUCUGUGGAACCUUCAACGGCAACAUUCAGGAUGACUUCCUUGCACCUUCUGGCAUGAUAGAAAGCACACCAUUCUUGUUUGGAAAUGCAUGGCGUGUGUCUUCUGCAUGUGUGCCACGGCCAAGCUUACCCCAACUCGACCCUUGUGACACACAUCAGCAAGCAGCCUCUUAUGCUGUGGAGAAGUGUGAUGUGCUGACGCAGGAGGUGUUUUCUGCAUGCCAUGAGUAUGUGAGUCCGGUGGGGUUCCAGCUUCAGUGUCGUGCAGACGUUUGUAAAUGUGGAGCACUGUGUCUUUGCUCCAUCCUGGCUCACUAUGCUCGCACCUGCCGGAGACAUGGGGUCAUCAUUGAGUUUCGCUCGCACUUGCCUGAGUGUGCUGUCUCGUGUCCGUCUACUAUGGAGUAUGGAGUCUGUGUGUCUGCAUGUCAGCGUCGAUGUCUGUUUCUAUCUCUCCCUCAGCCAUGUGGAGACGAGUGUGAGGAGGGCUGCGUGUGUCCAGAAGGAACAUACUUUAACAUGCAUACGCACACCUGUGUCCCACGAAAUGAAUGUCCGUGCAGUUUUCUUGGUGCUGACUACUCUCCUGGAGACGUGAUUAUAACAUCAUCAGGUGUACAAAUUUGCCAAGAUGGAAAACUCGUUUCCCAGACCUCAAUUAUUGAGACCCUUUGCCCAGCUGGGCAGUUUUAUGAGGAUUGUGGAAAUCGAGUCGAUGGCCCCUCUGCCAGUAAAGGUUUAGCCUGUGAACAGACCUGCGAGACAUAUUUGCUAAACCUCACCUGCUCCACUCAUGAGCCGUGCGUGCCAGGCUGCGUCUGUCCUGCAGGGCUCCUGAAGCAUGGCGAUGAGUGUUUUAAGCCACGUGCUUGCCCAUGUUUGUGGAAAGGAAAAGAAUAUUAUCCAGGAGACAAAGUAUCUUCCCCAUGUCAUCAGUGUGUGUGUCAACAUGGCACAUUCCAGUGUGAGUUCCGCCCGUGUCCAUCCAUGUGCACUGCUUAUGGAGAUCGACACUACCGAACAUUUGAUGGCUUUCUUUUUGAUUAUAUUGGUGUUUGUAAGGUGUACUUGGUCAAGAGCUCAUUAGAUGCAAUGCUGACUGUCACAGCAGAAAAUGUUGACUGCUUUGAGAGUGGCGUGAUCUGCAGGAAGUCUCUCCACAUCUCCGUAGGCCGUUCCUUCAUUGUGUUUGAUGAUGACACUGGCAGACCUAACCCAUCCAGUGUGAUUGACAGGCAGAGAGCAUAUAUCUGGCAGGCAGGAUAUUACACCAUUGUACAUCUGCUUGGGGAAGACCUCACAGUGCUGUGGGACAGAAAGACCACCAUACACAUACAAGCUGGACCACGCUGGCAGGGCAGGCUUACUGGUCUUUGUGGGAACUUCGAUCAGAAGACAGCGAAUGAGAUGAGAACACCAGAGAACAUUGACUCGUCAACACCACAGGAAUUUGGCAACAGCUGGACAGCAGCAGAGUGUGUGAACAGUCCUGAUAUAAGGCACCCCUGCAAUCUGAAUCCACUUCGAGAACCCUUUGCAAAACGGCAGUGUGGGAUUUUGCUCAGUGAAGUGUUUCAAGUCUGCCACCCUGUGGUAGAUGUCACAUGGUUCUACAUGAACUGCUUGGUGGACACAUGUGGCUGUAACCGUGGAGGAGACUGUGAGUGCUUCUGCACAAGUGUUGCAGCAUAUGCUCACCGCUGCUGUCAGAAGGGCAUACCUAUUGACUGGCGCUCUCCAUCUAUCUGCCCUUAUGACUGUGAAUACUACAACAAAGCUUUAGGGAAAGGGCCGCUGAAGCUGUUGACCUACAGAGAAAGGGGAACACUGUUAGCAGCCAAUAAGACAAGUGGACUGGUGUUCCCAAAAAGAGACCUGACCAGUGUUGAUGAGAAUCUAGUGCUGUUCAUGAUGACACCAGGCAUCAGCAAAGCCAGACCACAUGACUCAUCUCUGGUGUCAUUUGAGGCGGCAGACAGACCCAACUACUUCUUAAAAGCAGAGCAGGGUAGCCAACUGAGACUUGGGAAGUGGGAAGAUACACCGGCAUUCUGGGAUGCAGCUACAUUUGUCCUUCAUAGAGACACUUGGAUUCCAGGCUUUGAUUCACUGGAGUCACUGGCAAGACCUGGAUUUUUUCUGCAUUUCAUGCUGUCCAGACUUCAGCUACAGAAAUACAGUCACUCAGAUCGGUACCGCCGAGCUACUCUAUUCAAACUGACAGGUGCCAUACCACAUUAUCCAAUGGGUCCUCGUUGUCAGUGGAGGUUUGAGUCAUGUGUGAGACCAUGCUUCAGGACCUGCAGUGACCCAUCAGGUCUGAGCUGUACCAGCAUUCUUAAGAUUGAAGGAUGUUUGCCUCAAUGUCCAAGUCACAUGGUUCUAGAUGAGGUUACUCACAGAUGUGUCUCUUUGGAGGACUGCAUUAGGCCUCCUGUUGUUCCUCCAUUCACACUACCCAGCACUACAAUAUCAUCAACACCCUUCUCCGAAGAUUACACCUCGAGCAUUCCAGCGGUUUCUACAGCACUCAUCUCUACAGCAGUGUCAGAAUCUAGUGCCACCACAACACCUACAACACACAUGCCAACCACUGAAAAACCUACAACUUCCCCUAUCAGACCUGAGGUGGUGGAAGUUAUCACCACAUUAACAACAUCCUCUUCCUCCUGGAGUCCUCUGGCUUCUACUGAGAGAACCACUAAAGCACCAAGCAUCACAUCUAGUCCCACUUCCUCCACUACAUUGUACACUAGCCCUGUGUCUAUCUCAGCACCUGUCUCAGUUACCUCUACAACAAGCAGCCCAACAGAGUCUUCAACACCGUUCACACGUACCACAACUAUUCCCUCGCAACCUAGUUCUAGCCCUGUUCUACGAUCUACCUCAAGUUCAGAGCAGACCAGAGUAAGCACUUUGCCUGUUCUUCCAGUAUCAACUAGUAUGGGCCCCACAGAAGCCACUUCCCCAACUGUGAAAGUGUCAUCUCCCCUCACCUCAAUAACAGAGACUGCCAGAGUCUCAGAAGCCAUCACACCCACUGAAAAGACCACAACACCUACUGUGUCUUCAAGUGGCAUUUCACAGUUUCCUGCUGAAUCCAUUAGUAUGACAAAGUUCACCUCACUGUCCACUACAACACCUGUAUUAGAAUGGAGAACCUCUGGCACCACAGCAGAAAUGGCACCAUCAACAUCUUUGGACACUCUGAAGACCCCUGAGAGCACCUCUGAAACCCAGAAGCCUUCGUACACCACUACCAUUCCUACUUCCCCAACAGAUACUAAAGCAUCCACCACUUAUAUUACAGUAAAAUCCACAAGUUCUGCUUUUGCAACGCCACCUGCUACUCAAACAACUCUCUAUACUCCUUCAACAACUUCAGAGCAACCCGAAACUUCAAAAACAACAGUGUCUUUCUCUACGGCUGCUCCAACAAGUCUUACUACAGUUUCUUCUCAAGCUCCUGCAUUUGUGCCAACAAAAACCACUGCAAAAACAACUUAUCAGCCAACAUCUGUUAUUUACACUUAUCCCGAUGGUCCAACUACUGAUAGGGCUUUACAGACAGAUUGGAGAGUAAUCCAAACAACUUCAACUCAAUUAGAAUUAACAGAAACAUCUCAAAUCAGUGUCAGGACAGCAGAAACCCCGCUUACCACCUAUACUACAAUGCCACCCACCUGGGCACCUACAGAAGAAACAACAACACUGCUUACAUCGCAAAUGUCGCCCACUGACAAAACAACUUCUAGAGUUCCCUCCACUUCUACUACACUCGGCUAUACAGAGUCCUCCUGGAGUUUAUCUUCCACCACUUCUCUUUAUACAGAGAAAGUCAGCACAUCACCAAUUCAUCCUCAUUAUACUACAACUGUGGCCACCACUCCUGCACUGUCUGAGAUUUCUUCAGCCUCACCAUCCAUACUUACAUCAUCAGUAUCUCAAACGACAUCAAUAUCUCAAACCCCAACAAUAACCACAGAAACAGCUGUCACUUCUGAGAAACCUCUGCUAACAUCUACUGCAGCUGAAGAGGAGGUUGUUUCCACCACUCAAACAUCCACAACUACACAUUUGACAAUACAUCUUGAUACAGAGACAACUAAGGCUUCUCUUGACACAGAUAGGGCUGUGAUUACAACUGCUGCGACCGCCCAGACACCAACUUUGGUGCAUGAAACCUCCAGUACCAUUCCUUCCACAAUGGCUCCAAGACUUACAACUCGUAUCACACCGGUCUUAACCUCACGGGUAGGUGUAGAUACCAUUCGACAGACUCCACAAGAUGUGGCCACAACUAGCAUUUCACCUCCUACUAGGAUUGAGACAACAAUGACAACAUCUACUACAGUUUCGACAGAAAAAGAGACCUCUGUUUCCACAACUAUUCCAAGUACAGCUGCUGCUUCUAGCACACUUACAACACCCAUACCUGAAAUCCCAGAAUUCACCUCUGGGUUUACAGAGUACACUGCUGUAUCUGGUUCAACCACAACACUGCCUUCAUUUACUGGAACAACUCCAACUCGAACUGGAACAACUACAACUCCUGUGGCGUCAGUUCUUACCCAGACUACUAUUUCAACACAUCUACCUACUUCCUCUAUUGUCACUACAAGUAGUCCCAUAACCAGCUCAAGUACCUCUACAGAACACCAUCUGGUGGAUGAAAGUCCCAUGGUCACAACUCUGCCACCUACUCCAGACACUGCCCAAACAACACGAAGUACAUCUGUGAAGACCAGUCUACCUUACACAAUAGAAACAGAGCACUGGAUGACAAGCCAGACACAAGCUGUACCCAAAACUACUGCUCAUGAGCCAAGCAGAGUAUGCACUGCUCCAUAUUCGGAGGUAGUGGAUGAAUGCACAAAGCUUAUUUGUGUCAGUGGCCAGUUGCUCCUCUUCAAUAAGUCUCAGAGCUGCCCUUAUGAUCCUACACCCCCAAAUUGUGGUCUACUUGGGUUUGCCGUACUAGUCAAUGGUGAUAAGUGUUGUCCACGGUGGGACUGUCCAUGUCGUUGUUCAGUGUUUCCAGAUCUUAAUCUGAUCACAUUUGAUGGGAAAAGUGUUGCAAUUUAUAAAGCUGCUUUAUAUGUGGUGACUCAACUUCCCAACGAGACAGUUAGCAUCCUGGUACAAGAGUGUUCUGGACCAGAUGACACGCUUGUGUGGAACUUUACUAAUUUGUGUCUGGCAGCUUUAAACAUCACUCACAAAUCUAACGAAGUUCUUGUGAAUCGUCUUCAGAGACGUCUGUAUGUGAACUCUAGGUAUGCAAAGCCACGUUUUAAGAAGUAUGGUUUUGAGAUUCUGGACACAGGAAACAUGUACCUUAUACGGAGUCCAGCUGGUUUGAAGAUCCAGUGGUUCCACACUACAGGCAUGAUGGUGAUUGAGAUGGACAGCUAUAACAAUAGACUGCCCACGAUGGGAUUGUGUGGUAGUUGUGAUGGUAAUCCAUUAAAUGAUCUGACUCUGUCUAACGGUACAGUUGUGCCUGAGCAAGAGGAUCCAGCCGUAUUCAUCGAUAGCUGGCAGAUUCCCAACACCACCAGCUACGUCAGCAACAGCAGGCGGCGAGAAGUCAACUGCACCACCAGUGACUGCUCUCAGUGCUUUAACAUGCUGAACAACAACACCUUCACCCUCUGCCAUGCUUAUGUUCCUCCAGGAGUGUUCUGUGAGAUGUGGGUGAGAGAUGUGGAGUAUGUCAAUAAUCCGUGUAUCGCUUUGGCUGCUUAUGCUGCUUCCUGCCACAAAUUCAACAUCUGCAUGGAAUGGAGGAGCUCUGAUUUUUGCCCAUUCGUGUGCCCAGGAAACCUUCGGUACCAAGCAUGUCUGCCUGCCUGCACUGCCCCAUCCUGUCCAAACCAAGAGUUUGAGUUUGUCCCAGAGCAAUGCACAGGCCUUUCAGAGGGCUGUGUGUGUCCUGAGGGGACUCUAUUACACCGGCCCUAUUCAGCCCUCUGCAUUCCACCCAGCAAGUGUGCAUGUACUGAUAGUUUUGGAGCCCCUCGUGCACUCGGCGAGGUGUGGAAAGCUUCAUUAGACGGCUGCUGCAUGUAUAAGUGUGAGAACGACAGUAUAGUGCCAGUGGAGUACAACUGCAGUAACAUCCCUCAACCUGUCUGUACGCGUACUGGAGAGAUCACGGUCAACCUCGCUGAUGACAGCAGCUGCUGCCCUCACAAAGCCUGUGUUUGUAAUCAGAGUAUGUGUGAGGCGGCUCCCACAGGCUGUAAAUACGGGGAGAAGAUGGUAUCAUAUUAUAGACAGGACUCUUGCUGUCCCGAGUAUUUAUGUGAGUGUGAUCCUGAUCAGUGUGUCCUGGAUAUUCCUGUGUGUCGAGAAGAUCAGACACUAAUUGCCACUCGUGCUGACGGCAGCUGCUGUUUGGCACACAUCUGCAUGUGUGACAAAUGCCCAGAGGCAGUUCCAGUGUGUCAAGAUGGAGAACUGCUGAUUGUGGAUACCAACAGCACAGAGCGCUGCUGUCCAGCUUAUCACUGCUUGUGUGAGGCCUCCCGGUGUUUAGACAUCACAUGUCCAGUUGGCAUGGCUGUAGUUUCCGCAAGAGAUCCAGAAGAGUGUUGCCCAUUGCAGACAUGCGAAUGUGCAUGCGAGAAACUCCUCCGUCCUAAAUGUUCUCUGGGGCAAAGCAUGCAGUUAGACAGAGCAUUUCUGUCUGAUCCAGAAAACAUUUGUGCUUGUAAACGAUUUAUAUGCGUAAGAGAGGCUGUAUGUGUGGAUGGGGAGCGUGGAGUGAUGCGGCCGGGACAGACACUGGUCGAGCACCGGGAUCAGGGUGUGUGUUACGCCACACAGUGCACACACACACUAGACUCAGCCACUGGUUUCUACGUCCUCAGAUCCACUGGCACUAACUGCACUGCACGCUGCCAGCCUAACCAGAUAUAUAUCCCACCUAAAGACCCCAGCAGCUGCUGUGGCACGUGCAAAAAUAUUUCUUGUCUGCUCCGGAAUGAGAAUGGAUCUGUAGCCAUGUACAAGCCGGGCCGCAGCUGGGUUUCUGACUGCUUGCGCUAUGACUGUUCAGACACACUGGCAGGACCUGUGCUUGUCACCCACCCCUACAGCUGCCCACCCUUUAAUGAAACUGAAUGUAUGAAGAUUGGGGGCACCAUUGUGAGUUAUAUGGAUGGGUGCUGCAAAACAUGUAAAGAAGAUGGGAAAUCAUGUCAAAAAGUGACAGUGAGGAUGACCAUUAGAAAGAACGACUGCCGUAGCAACAGACCGGUCAACAUAGUGUCAUGUGAUGGAAAAUGUCCAUCUGCGAGUAUUUACAACUACAACAUCAACACAUAUGCACGAUUUUGUAAGUGUUGUCGAGAGAUGGGUCUACAGCGCCGUUCAGUCCAGCUCUACUGCAGUGGAAACUCCACAUGGGUCAGUUACACCAUACAGGAACCUACGGACUGUUCCUGCCAGUGGUCAUAAAUCCUAAACCAGAAUAACAGAAAGUGUUACUUACCAUUCAACUUGAACGUUAAGGACAGCAAGAUCUGAGGUUUAAAUAUAGUGUUAUAACUUGUCUGCUUCUUUAUUUCACAGAGCAGAAUAUAUAUUUUGUCCUUUCAAAAUUCUCAAAUAACGCCGAAAAAUGGAAAUAAAUUGGUCAGCUGCAAGCAACAGUAGUGAAACUAGUUAUGUGCUCAUGUUCUGUAUAUAUGGAAUCUCAUCACUGAGCACACGCUGAAAUAAAUAAAAUUACAACUUGUGUUUAGAUGCUUUUCUGAAGGUUAUGUUGCUUUUAAAUAAUCUGAAUAUUACGUGAUUUGACAUGUUUUAUAUAGCAAUCACAUGUUCAUUGAGUAAUUGACUUGAUGCUGUAUUUUGAGCACUUUAUUUAUUUAUUACUAUAUAAGAACAAUUGCUUCACUCAAAAUACAACAUUUUAUAAAGAUACAGUGAGUUCGAAUUAUGCGUGGCUUUCAUUUAUGAAGCACUUUGGCUGAUGAUACAUACAUUUUAUGGUAUAAAUUAUUGAGGAGUUUUUUCUGAGAACCAGAUUUAGAUUUUUUUAUAUGAAAUACUUAGUAGGCUACAGACAUAAAACUAAAUAUGUGAAGUUCCUGUUUGUAUAUCCAUGUCCACAGUAUUGCAAUGUUGCAUCUAUAGACUGCAAAAGGAUGGUCAUAUUGAAUACCUCUGUAUAGACUCAAAUAUUCCAUGCAAAGGAGCCCUAGGUUCUCGGUUUAACAUUUUAAACUGCUGAAGAACUGCAAAACACAUUAUACGCUUAGUUUUUAAUUGUGUACCAUACUACUGUUUAUGUAUAUUUACAUUUUCAAUAAAAAAUCUUUAGAAAA